AUGUCUGAACGGCGAACCUCGAAAACGACCAGUGCUUCUGCAGAGACGGCUGGACCGUGCUCAGAAGGAUGGACUGGAGUCGAUUGUGAUGCCAUUCAGUGCAACGGUCAUGGCACUCCAAACUACGACUUGACAAGCUGCCACUGCGAAAAGCCCUAUUCUGGUAUGCUACUCAUUUUGAAGGUUUUGCUGAAAUGUUCAUUUUAG